AUGCUCCGCACCAGCGGCACUCGUCAAACGUCAAAGCCAAAGUCAGAGCCUUAUUUCUCCAAACAACAAAUGGGCAACUCAAGAACUGACAACUCCCCUCAGCAAGUCUCAAGUGCUACGGCAGGAGAGACCUCUGCUGGGCGAACAAGCCUCCCCUCAUACUGUGACUUUUGUACAGAGUGUCCAGUUGAGGAGGAAGAACCAUCUUGGAGCUUGUUCGAGGGAGAAUGUCAUCAUCAAGACGCAAGAAAGUGCACGUUGCGUAUGAAGCAAGAGUAUCUAGACCAGUUUGAGAAUCCAUUUGACCUACGGGAUAAAUAUAAAAACCAUACUGCGGAAUCAGAAUCCACUUUGAAGUCUUGGCCAAGCCUCAAAAGCACUCACAGCAUCUCACCACCAGCCAGCAUCUCAAAACAAACCCCUGGCUGGACUGGUGAGUACUCUUCAAUAAAUGAGUAUGGUGCAAGUCCUGAAACCUCACAAUGGACUGGUGAAUACUCUUCUAUGAUAGAGUAUAGUGCAAGCCCUGAAGUUUCACAAUGGACUGGGCAGUACUCUGAUCCUUAUGAGUACAGUGUCUCACCAAAAAUGACACGGCUUGGCAAGUGGACUGAAUCAGAUGUCCCAGGCAAGCCAGACUUCAAGUGGAUUCUAGAAUAUACACCAGAAUAA